GAAACAGCGUUCAUCUCAAGCCAGGCUAUACUAGACCGCUUUUCUUAAACUCUGUGGCCUAAAACAACCCUACAGUAUUGAUUUUUGCCUUGUCGUGCUUGUAUGUGUCCCUUCGUUAAGGAAUAACGUGACACAUAUGUGAUGACGUAAGAAGCACAGUUCUCCAUAAUGGCUCAAACAGCAAUGAAACAUAGCAAAGGAGGGAGAAAAUUCCCCGGAGAAGGAUCUGCAUUCUUGGACUAACUUAACUCCAGAUGUUCAUGAGAUAUUUUGCCAGGGCAUUUUCAGCUAUGGCUGGACCCAGGCCUGUGGUGCUAAGCGGCCCGUCCGGGGCGGGGAAGAGCACGCUACUGAAGAAGCUCAUGAAGGAAUACGACAGCGUGUUUGGCUUCAGUGUGUCCCACACAACAAGAAAUCCUCGUCCUGGAGAAGUAAAUGGCAAAGAUUAUCAUUUUGUUACACGAGAGGUGAUGCAGGCAGGGAUCGACAAUGGAGACUUCAUUGAACACGCAGAGUUUUCAGGGAACAUGUACGGGACGAGUAAAGCGGCCGUGCAGGACGUCCAGGCCAAGAACCUCAUCUGUAUACUUGACAUUGACAUGCAGGGUGUGAAGAACAUUAAAAGGACAGACCUCAAUCCCAUCUACAUCUCCAUCCAGCCUCCAUCCAUGGAGGUCCUGGAAAAACGUUUAAGAGACAGAAAAACUGAGUCAGAGGAGAGCCUCCAGAGGCGUUUAGAUAUAGCCAGAGUGGACAUGGAAAUUAGUAAAGAGCAAGGAUUAUUUGAUUCAGUGAUUAUCAAUGAUAACUUGGAGGAAGCUCUUGGGCAGUUAAAAAAAGCUCUUCUUGAGGAAAUCAAUAAGGUCAAGCAAACCAGCAUGUCUUCGUAGGAUACUGCAGCAUCCUUGCACCUUUUUGGUCCCGUCCAGAUACUCCUCACAGAACCACAGACCUCCUCCAAGUUGAGAACAUUCCCUCAGAUGAAGCUCAGACGUCCUUUAGUGGAUACGUAAAUAUGUAGAUUUUACAUGUUAUUUAGGAGUAGGCAUUACCAAUGAUAUGUAGAAUUUAAAGUGGAACAUUUUUAAACAACAUAAAGAAUUUUCCAUGUUUGUAUUUUUAUUUGUAUGACAAAAAAUACUCCAAUAUUGGGUUUUUUUUCGUAUUAGUGGCUUUGUACAAAUGACAUUUUGCUGGGUAGGGUUCACAGAACACCAACAUAAACAGGAGACUCAUUCCAUCCUGAGGACAAACUGAUUUUCAAAGCACUAAAUUCUGAACAUGUUGGUGUGAGACAGCUUGUAAUGCUGCCUCUUUUGAGGUCGUCUUGUGCAACCCCUAAUGAUAGAAUAGACAGCAGACGGUGCACAGCUUGGUCAAAGGCAGUCUGCCCUCAGGUUCCUGAGCAUGAAAAGUUCAGGAGGGAGACUAAAGCUCUGCAUUGAAGUUUAGAAAAAUAUGGUGACUGUUUACAUUCAUGAGGUUUGUGUGUGUUAACUGAACUGAUGAAUUAAUAAACUAUUCCAGUAUCUUUUUACA